AUGACGAAUUUCCGGCGGGCUGUGUCAGAAGGAGGUGCUGCACAGAAUCAUUGCUGCGUAGUACAGUCUGAAUCAACCGAAGAGCCCUCUCAAUGGAGGCAACAUGCAGUGUUGGAGCUGCAGAAGCACCGCAGAGGCAAUCUUCUUGGCAACGACUCCGCCAUCACAGUUGAGUCGGGAUCCAGCCGGUCAUUGGCCUUGGAUGCCGUGGGCAAUCCGGAUUCGACUCAAGAUGCAUUAUGGCCAUCAAUGCCUACGGUAGAAAUGCAUGGCGAGGAAAUCUCUCAUGAGCAAGAAGCAGGCGAGCAAACCAGCUGCUGCAACCGUGCCUGGUGGCUAUUGCAGGGCUGGUUGUUGGCAAUUAUGGUGGGUAUUUGCUCAUCUCUUUCUGGAGCUGGCUUGGAUGUGGGAGUGCAAGGACUCUCAUCGGUGCGCUUCGGUGUGUGCAGCCCUCCGUGGAUUCCCUUCCGACAUUGCCCAGAGGAUUCAUGGAUCUACUGGGGCCAUGGCAUGACAGGGUAUGCAUUCAAUGUUGGCUUCGGUACGCUGUGGGCGUUUAUCUCCGGGAUGCUGGUGUAUGCCUUUGCCCCUGCUGCAGCUGGAUCGGGCAUACCAGAAGUAAAAACAAUAUUGAACGGAUUCGUGAUGGCAGAUGUGGUCUCCUGGCGCACUUUGCUCAUCAAAGUUCCAGGGCUCAUGCUCUCUGUCGCAGCAGGCAUGUCAUUGGGCAAGGAAGGACCUCUUGUGCAUGUCGCUGUGUGCUGGGCUCAACUGCUCUCACGGGCUUUUCCACAGUUUGCCAAUGAAGCCAAACGUCGAGAGCUUUUCUCUGCUGCAGCAGCUGCUGGAGUAAGCACAGCGUUUGGAGCACCUUUGGGUGGCGUACUCUUUAGCUUGGAAGAAGUCAGCUCCUUUUUCCCUUCACGUACACUGAUCAAGUCAUUUACAGCAGCAAUGGCAGCUGCGAUUGUGCUCUCAGUGCUCAACACGACCAACACCAAAGGCCUGACGCUCUUCAGCGUUGAAUACAGCACCGCCUGCCAUCCGAUCGAGUACUUCAUUUUUGCCGUUCUGGGCGUUGUGGGUGGCCUCAUUGGAGCAGUCUUCAACUCCCUCAAUGUCCGCUGGUCGGCCUUUCGCAUGACGCCGGCCUUCCGGAAGCGUGUGCACCCCGUCUUGGAGGUGACUUGUAUUGCCUUGGUGACAUUGCUCUCCUCGUUUCCACUGGCCAUGACUCGGGUUCUAAGCUCUGAUGCAAUUCAUGCACUUUUCGAAGCCUGUGAUGCUGGCUCGGGCCAUCAGCUGCGGGGGCAUUUGAAGCUUUGCACCGCGGAUGAUGCGUAUGCGAAAGCCUCUGCCUCCCUUUUGAUGGAGCUACUGUUGGCCGCCUUGAUCCGUUUGCUUCAGACCAUCUUGACCUUCGGGGUGCCUUGCCCUGCAGGACUGUUUGUUCCCUCACUCUUCACGGGUGCUGCCAUUGGACGCUUUGUUGGUGUCAUCGUGCAGGCUGCUAAUCAUGAACGCCAGAUUUUUCCUCGCACCGUGGAGCCUGGAGUGUAUGCAAUGGUUGGAGCAGCUGCCGUGCUUGGUGGCGUUUGUCGGGUGACGAUCUCCUUGGUGGCUAUCAUGCUGGAGCUUACAGGGGGAAUGACUUACAUCGUGCCCUUCAUGAUCGCUGUUCUUAUCGCCAAGCUUGUGGGAGACACACUGAACGAAGGCAUCUACGACCUGUACAUCGUCCUUAAGGGAUAUCCGUUUCUGCAGGAAGAACUGGAUGUGACCUUCAUUGAGAGAUGUUGCGACAUCAUGCAGUCAGGCUUGACCAAACUGGAUAUAAGUCUGCAGCCCACGGUCGCUGAUUUGACAUGGCUGAUUCAGAACUUCCAUUACUCUGGGUAUCCGGUUGUCAAAGGUGAUAGCUUCUUGGGAUACGUGAAGCGAGAAUAUUUGCGAGAGCUGUUGGGACAUCUUGCCACUCUCGGGCGAACGGAUGCUGAUCGUGUGAAUGAGGAUGAACUCCUCUCUGUGACAGAUCAUUCGGUGAUGCGGAUGUCUCCAGAUGCCUCUUUGGGCCAGGCUCACAAAGUCUUCAAACAACUUGGAUGCAAACGGAUCUUCCUGGUUGGGUCCAUGCGAGGAAACUCAGAGGAUGUUCUACAGGGUAUGCUCUCCAAGAAGAUUUUUCUGCACUUCCUGAAGACGGGAAAGAUUGGGCACAUGCGAGACUAUCCCAACAGCACGCCCUACUACGCGCGGCAGUCCCCCGGGCGCUCGAACGUGGCCCGCGCGGCGGGACUCGCACGUUUCAGAAACACGUCCUUCGUGGCUUCAUUGCUGUCGAACUCACGGCGAAGGGGUCCGACGCAGCUGCGCACGAUGGUGAACUCGCCCGAAAUGUCGGCAAGCUCGGGUGAGGAGGACGGUCCUCCCUACGAUGAGGAGGCCACGGGAGAUGCAGAGUUCGUGAUGCAAGAGAAUGACUCCUAG